AGGACCCUUUCCUCGCGCGUCGACUCGGUCACAUCCGUGUCGCAGCCGGCUGUGUGAGAGGCACGCGGCGAGUGAUGGAGCUGGUGGCUGGCUGCUACGAGCAGGUCCUUUUCGGCUUCUCUGUGCUCCCGGAGCCUGCGGCGAACGGAAACCACAAGCAGAAAUGGACUCCCUUGGCUGACUUCACUCACCAUGCCCAUACUGCCUCGUUGUCAGCAGUGGCUGUAAAUAGUCGUUUUGCAGUCACUGGGAGCAAAGAUGAAACAAUUCAUAUUUAUGACAUGAAGAAGAAGGUAGACCAUGGGGCUCUAGUGCAUCACAAUGGCACAAUAACUUGUCUGAAAUUUCAUGGCAACCGGCACUUAAUCAGCGGGGCAGAAGACGGACUCAUUUGUGUGUGGGAUGCCAAGAACUGGGAAUGUUUGAAGUCCAUUAGAGCUCACAAAGGACAUGUGACCUUUCUUUCUAUUCACCCAUCUGGCAAGUUGGCCCUGUCUGUAGGAACAGAUAAGACACUAAGAACUUGGAAUCUUGUGGAAGGAAGAUCUGCCUUCAUAAAAAAUAUAAAACAAAAUGCUCACAUAGUGGAGUGGUCCCCGAGAGGAGAGAAGUAUGUAGUUGUUACACUGAGUAAAAUCGAUGUUUAUCACCUUGACACUGCCUCUGUCAGUGGCACCAUCACAAAUGAAAAGAGAGUGUCUUCUGUUACAUUUCUUUCAGAGUCUGUGCUGGCAGUGGCUGGAGAUGAAGAAACUGUAAGAUUUUUUGACUGUGAUUCACUAACGUGCCUCUGUGAAUUUAAAGCCCACGAAAAUAGGGUAAAAGACAUAUGCAGUUUUGAGAUUCCAGAGCACCAUGUCAUUGUUACAGCAUCAAAUGAUGGCUUCAUCAAAAUGUGGAAGCUUCAACAGAAUAUGAAAGUCCCCCCAUCUUUACUCUGCGAAGUGAACACCAACGCCAGACUAACUUGUCUUGGUGUGUGGCUGGACGGAGUGAUGGGUUCAGAAGGAAGCCAUCCUGCUGCAGAGCCUUCUCCUGUUAAUGAAGAAGAAGAGUCCAAAACCAGCAAAAAGCAAUCUGGCUAUACAGUGCAGAAAACAGAGAGGCAGUUGAAGCCUAACAAGAAGAAAUGUGACAGUAGUAAGCCAGUGAGAGAAGACAGUGUGGUGUCAACCAAGAAGAGAAAAAUGGAAGAAAUAUUGGAAAAAAAGAAGAGGAAAAAGAAGAAAAUAUAAGUGAUACAGUGGAUUCUAGUUUUUUUUCUAAGAGGAAAAAAUGGGAACACUUUUCUGAUGUGCCUAAUUUUUUUUUUCUCUCUAGUAAAAGCUGGGACUGUAAAUAGCAAGCACGUGUGACUUUAUUUUUUAAGAUAGUGGUAAAACUACUUUGGUAAUCAGCAUUUUAUUAUAUACCAUGGUGAUAAUUACUAUAUUAAUGUGUAAUAUAUACUUUUUAUUGUGUAAAAUAAAAUAUUUUUUCCCUCAUAA